AUGGUACCAGACAUAGAGGGAGGCCAGAAGGUCAUCGACAUGCUGCGGGAAGCUGGUAUCAACGCUCGGGCGAACCGCAAGUACGACUGGAUCCACGACGUUUUUCUCAUCAUCAUACGGAUGUUUCCUCACUGCGUACCUCCACCAGUCACUGUGGUCUCAGCAAAUGCAAGAUAUGACCCGCACUUGCACAUCAAAAUUGGCGCCACUCUCCGUCCUCUGCGUUACCAGAACACGCUCAUCAUUGGCAGUGGAGGCUCAGUUCACAACCUCUUUCGGAACCACUGGCAAUGGAUGAUCCGGUUCAAAGACAAUUUUGCGCAGCCCGUUCCGCCAGAGCCCUUCGCGUUGGAGUUUCGACAAGCGCACGAAGACGCAAUCAUGAGAAACACGGGACCUGAUCUUCGAAGAGCGGUCACAAGAUUGAUGAAACACCCGCGAUACAAAGAGGCGCAUGGAACAGAUGAUCACUAUAUGGCGACGCUCUUUGCUGCCGGGGCUGCCGGAGAUGAGAAAGAUGUGGGCCCGCACAUGUUGUUGGGGGAAUGUUGGGAGUUAGUCAACAUGUGCAACACCCAAUAUCAGUUUGGUUCCUGGGACUAG